UAGGUAUCCAUUAUUCUCUUUCUCGUUCUUUUAUUUUUAUUGUAGAAGACGUACCUAUUUCGUGGUAAAUUAGCGUGUUCUUGAUGAUCUGUGAAUAGUUCACAGUUCGGUGUAACAUAAUGCCGUUAUAGUAGCAUAAAAGCAAGUGUUUUACUCAAUGUGUUUGUGUAGUGUGGUGUUGUUUUAAUGAAUCCCUUCAUUUCUUCUUCGCUGAGUGGCAUGUGAACAAAAAUCCAUCCCACCCCCACCACCAGUAGCUGCGAGGCGUAAAUAUUUUUGCAAUUUACAUGAUCACCACCUUCGUGCGGCGUAAAGUACACAGCUACAGACAGGUCCCAAAUGUUACGGAAUUCUGAUGUCAUCCGCGAAUUUUCAACGAACAUCCGGUUCGAUUGAUGGUUUUGUGUUUAUUGUUUAUGCUAGUGGUGCUGUUGUUGCUGGGCAAUGCAGUAUAAUGCUGCAUGGUUAAUUUGCUUUUGAAGGUGUAUGCAUUGGUGCUCUCGCGUUGUGUGGUGUCGUCUAUCCGUACCAGUGCGGCCGUGUGUCUGUGUGCUGCUGGAAGAUUGUUUGGAAUUGAUUGAGUUGGCGCUGGGUCAUAGUUGGGUAUCGUCGUCUUCGUCUCGGUGGUCAUCGCUGGUCGGAGCUUUUAUGCGCAUAAUAAACGAGAAGUGUCCACGGGAGUGUAGUAAACCGUGAGGGGUCAACGUCGGAUCGCCACAAGUGUUCGGUGCAUAUGUGUAUUUAUGAGUUGGUGGUCAGCACAGUCAUCAACGGCUGUAAAGUGCGCUCAGCACCCCGGAACGCGAACGUGAGGUGAAUAUUGCGAUCAAACACGGGUUAAGCACGGCGAAGCAUAAUUCUCCCGUCGAGGCCAUCCGCGUUUGUUCAUGGUUCAGUGCUUUGCAGCAUAAACAAUUCGAACGUUGUCUCAGUGCGCGAGCGAAAACAGCAUAAGACGCAUCUGGCGAACAAAGAAAUUAGGCGAGAAAGUAAGUAACAUCAUAGCAGUCCAGGAUGACGAACAUGAGACCGCCGAGUAAAAACAUACUGCUAAAAGUGGUCAUUCUAGGCGACGGGAAUGUUGGCAAAAGCUGUCUAAUGAAUCGCUUCGUCUCGAACUACUUCGAUGCAAACAGCUUUCAUACGAUCGGUGUGGAAUUUCUAAACAAAGACAUACAGGUGGACCAGGAACGGUUUACACUGCAGAUUUGGGACACAGCCGGCCAGGAACGGUUUCGUGCGCUAAGGACACCGUUUUACCGUGGUACCGAUAUCUGCCUGCUUACGUACGCGAUCAACGAUCGGGUCAGCUUCCGGGCGUUAGCCAGCUGGCGCGAUGAAUUCCUUCGAUACUACGACGUCAACCCGGACCACUUUCCGUUUGUGGUCGUUGGCACAAAGAAUGAUUUGCCACCGGCUCAACGGGAAGUUUCACCCGAAGAAGUAUCGCAGUGGUGCCAGGAACAUCACAUAACCGCAUACAUAGAAACAUCGGCCAAAUCGUCAGAAAACGUUGCGACCGCUUUCGCGCUGGCCGUACAGCAGUUUCGAAAGUUCGAACGAUCUACCGAACGAGAAUUACAUGCCCAGGGCCACGAUACGAUCGAUUUGAUGAAAAGUGUUAAUUUGACUGCAAAUCGUAAUCGGUUCUGUUGUGCCGGAAUUGGCCGUCCAACGGCAGCUACGAUGCAGGACGAUGACGAUUACCCACACUGAGAGGGCAACGGCUCGUGUCGUAAGAGUUAGAGGUUUAAAAAUUAUGUGAUAAGAGGUUCUGGUCUGGGAUUAGAGAAGAUAGAAUCAACAAAUGGACCGUGUGUCCUCUACUCUCAGAGUGAAGGACAGUGUAUAUUUGAGAAGUAGGAACAUGGGUAGAAAAACAACGUAAUCUGCACCCAAAAUGUGUCCUUUUACAGGAAAAGGAUUAGCUUUGGUGCACCGCAAUUAGCACCACUUUUGGUGAACGUCUUGGAGUUCAGAGCGAUCUUUCUCUGUACUGAGAGAAUUUUCUUUUGUAAAAGGAUUUUUUUUACAGAUUUUAGUCUCUAUAUGCAAAAACAGGUUUUCAACUAUUGAAACAUUAACUAAACAACACUAGCUACGUUGUGAUUGUCCAUUUGCUACAUGCUAGUUACAGUUCUUUACGCAUCACUGGUGUGUUUGUGUGCUUAUUUAAAACUUCAGCUGGCUGAGGUGAUUUUAGCGUACGUUUCAACCGCAAACAAGUGUCACAAACAUGGAAAGUGUGGAACACAAUCGGUAUGAUUGUUGUCCGUUUUGUGAAGAGAAGUUCCCUUGGUUGAAGUUGCAAGGUAGUUGCUCUUUAUGCAUGGUUUUUUCUUUUAAAGCUCUUCAACGCCUGGUAUUCGUUUUACAAGACUCAUGAUUUUGUUACAAUGAUUUUAAUUAUUUAUUUUCUGCCUUAUGAGUGUGCUUUAAGGGACAGAUAGGUUUCAAAGGAUAGUUUCAAAUAACUUUUUGGUUUUGAUGAAGUAUCAGUUCUCAUAAUCUUUUAGACUCAACGUGUCGUUGGCCUACCUUAAUAUGGUUUGCUAGAUAGUUGGUAUAAUCGAUUUUAUCUGAAUUUUCUAUAAAUGCUUAGGAUUUGGCAUAAUGAAAUUCGGUAUUUGUGAUAAAUCAAACUUGAACGGACUGGAUAGUGAAUGGUUAAUUUAAAUGAUCAAAUUUACCAGUUUAAUGUAGCAAUCAUAAUUUUCCAAAGGCCGUUCUUGCAUAACUCCCUAGUAGUACUGGGAAGGAAAUGCAAUUUAUUCCUUAACUUAUACUCUAGCCGGUUGGGCGAUGCUGUCAUAUAAGGCGGACUUCUCUACAUUAAGUCUUGUACCUAUCACCCAAACGAGUUUCCACCUGCAUCAUAUUGAGAUCGGAUUGCGAAAUUGUCGGAGUAAUUAUUCGUAAACGAUACAAAUGAUUUCUCAGUGUACAUUUGGGCUUCAUUAAUGCUGUGCUAAAAAACUAUAUAUACUUUAUGCAUAAAGUACAUUUCCCCCUCUCGCUCCCUCCUUAUAUUCGUCGGGGAGUGUUUCCUUUUUUGAUUAGAGCUUUUACUGUUUCUCGAACGGAACAGUCGUCGUUUUCGUAAUUCCAUACAUUUUCCUUCAGUUGCUAAUUCCUACAAUGUAUUGCAUACUUUUAGGCGCGUACAUCAACAUGUUUUGCAAUUUAAAAUAUUUUUGGAUUUAAAAAAAAAUCUUUAAUUAAAACAUCCGGGUGCUGAUAAAUUUGUAAUGGUUUUCAAUAGUUGUGUUUAAUGAUUUUUUUUUUAACAUCAUUGCAAUUUUUUAAGGUCCAUUAACAACUAUAUUUAUCUUUACCGUGCGUGCGAUUUAAGGUUGCCAGUUGUGGUUGUGUGCUUUUCGUUUUUCGUUCUACACACUAUUUAAUUAUCUUUUACAAUAGGUUAAAAGGACCUGCAAACAAACUAAUAUUUCGUACCUGAUAAAUCUGAACACUCAGCCGAGAUUGCGUCACUCUUUAUGCCAGAGUUUUUCUUUUCUGUUUUAUCUACUCACAUGGAAAGCUUUACACCGUAGCAACAACGAAACACAAUGCAUGCAUCAUAUCUAUAGCGAUUUUAUGGUCCCGUUAAAAGUUUUUUAAUUUAUACAUAUAUUUUCCCGAGACCCCCUAUAGAAACUGAAACGUAAAUUUGGAUUAGCGUUAAAAUAGUGAUGUUCUUUUUUACAUAUUUAAUACAUUCCGUUUGCCCGUUUUCCGUCUUUGUAAAAUAAUUCUAUUUUAAUGUAUUGAGUCAGUCGGUCGCAUGGCUUCCCAAAACGUAUGGUGCAUUUGCAUAGAGAUGCUUUUAUUGCGCGCUUAGAAAACCCUGUGAAUUCAUCAAAACGUGGGACAUGGAAUCGAACUAGAUAGAGUGAGAGAUUUUCUGUUUGUUUAGUAAUUAGACGAGGGCAAUAAGUGAAAAGACAGUGCAAAAAGGCGCGCGCGGUGUCUGGUGGGUAGGAUUUACGAAAAGCAUAGUAGUAGCAAGGAGAUGUAAGACAGAACAGAGAUGUGAAACGCUAUUUUGUAAUAAGCAUAUUAAACCAGUGCAAUCUGUAGCUUUGUACAGUCACGCACAUACACACUUGUAUAAUAAAGCAAAUUAAAAAGAAAAA